AUGCAUCUGGUCAUGCAGCAAACCGUAGAGGCCGCCCGGUCUAGCAAAGCGUGCACGCAAUGCCGAGAGCGCAAAAUCAAAUGCUCAGGCACACAGCCCUGUCGCCAUUUCUCGAGACGUCAAUCCGAGUGUGUGUUCCCUGAUGGCGGAAAAAAGAGACUAUAUUCAGUCGCGUAUGUUGAAGACCUGAAGCGAAGAGCAUCCAUUGCUCGGCACACCGACCAGAAUAUCAUCUCCGAUCCAUCAAGCACAUCGGGUAAUGGCGCAAAAUUUGGAGACGAGGCAUCGACACGACCACCCAACCACAAUAUCAUAGAUACUGGGUUAUCAGACAGUCCGACUGACAUGACAGAUCGACUUGCUCUUGACCCGGUCAUGUCAUCAAGCUCACGCUUUGGUUCCCAUGUCAAAAAUCUCAAGUCUAAAGCAUCGGAUUCGUGGGAUCGCUCAGCUGAAGCACAUACUGACUCUUAUUCGUUGCUGGCAGAAUUGGCAAGCCCAGUUGAGGAUGCACCUACCAGCUUGCACUGGCCUACGCAAGAAGACGCCUACUCUUUGCUAGAUCAUGUGCUCACGUCGAUUGGUACAGUGCAGCAUCUCUUCGAUCCAAGGCCGCUGGGAGAUCAUCUGUCUUUGGUCUGUGAUCAGCCACAAACAGAAAUCAAUAUUGGAAGUCUAUGGGAUAUCGAAUUGCUUCUGGUCCUCGCUAUUGGUGAACUCCUCCGUGGAGAAACUUGGGUAUCAGGUUCGUUACCUGGGGCUCGAUAUUUCCAGGAGGCUGCCCGGCAGACACCAGGCAUCGUUUCGCUCCGUGCCUCGGGAAUAGUGGCAAUUGAAGUCAUGGCUCUUUGCGCUUUCUAUCUUCAGUGCGCUGACUGUAAAGAUGAUGCUUAUCUCUAUGCCGGCAUGGCUCUGAGACUCGCCAUAUCACAUGGCAUGACGGCCAUGGAAAGUGUCGGCCAGAUUCGCCAAAGCGACAGGACACACAGGAAUCGUCUAGCUUGGUCUGUCUAUAUGCAGGAGAGGCGACUGGCAGCCGCUACCGGGAAUCCGUUUGGCCUCGAUGACACUGAAAUGCAAGCUCGUUGGCCAUUUGAAUCGCCUGGGUUUGCUUCCGCUACUGCGUUGAGUACCAACGUUAGGAUUGCAAGAAUCACUGGACAGAUUAUUCGAGAUGUGUAUCGACGAAAGCACGAAACAGAUGAUGGAUUUGUCAAGACAACACAAGACAUUCUCAAUCAACUCCUAGACAUCGAUCAGAAGAUGAGCCGCGAGUUUUCCAUCGAUUACACUGUUGAUACUUGCAUCACUUCUCGAACUACUGCCACGCUUCGGCUUAUGUUGCUACAGGCAAAAAUGCUCAUGACGAGACCGGUAUUGCUCUAUCGGACAAGAGAGAAUUUCUGUCCGCCGACAGAACUUCAUACAUCUCGGACCGACGAACCAUUGAUACUCAGGCUGUGCGAUAUUUGCAUUGACUCUGCUUCGAGGAUAAUCAAGAUUUUGCAGGCAAUACGAAAACAAGGAAUUCUCUCAAAAUUUGGGUUCUUCGAUCUCGAUGCUGCUGUUUCUGCGGCCUUUGUCUUUAUUCUAGCCGAGGCGAGUAGCUCCAAUAUUCAACAUUACCGGAAUGAUGUCAAAGGAGCACUGGACGUCCUGAGCUACCUCGGUACGUGUGGAAACAGGGUAGCUGCGAGAAAGCUGACAGAGAUUCGACAAAUGUGUGUGCAACUCGAUAUUGACACGCAAUAUGAUACUGAAGCCUUGGAAGAAGGCUCCCAAAACGAUAUUUUGGACCAUCCGGGUGCGGGCCCUAGCAAUGACCUCGGGACUGGCAAUAUCACACCCCAGCCACAUGCAUUCUCAGGACCAACACUGCAUGGUGAGGGAUUCGAAGAACUUUCUCUGUCGGCAUGUCUGGCCUCAUGUGAAGGUGGCUUCAAUUUCCUCGAGUUGUACCGCGGCGAUGGCAUGGAUACUGAUGGCACGAUUGAGAUGGACUGGAGAGCAAUUGAAAGAGCCAUCUUGGAGACCGAACCUGACCAAGACCGUACGUCACAGGAUUGGUGCUAG